UCCCAUGAUUCCUUGCUGUCCGGCGGCUUCAGGGGAGGAAGAUGGCGGCGGCUAAUAGAAGAGGACUCCUUCGGUUUUGAAACGAGCAGAGCAGCUGGAGCUUCGGUUCGGUUCGGUUCGGUUGGAGAGCCUGGAGGAGUUCAGGUGGAGGAAGGGCGGAGGUUCUCCGUCAGACAGAAGAAGAAGAAGACAUCCUCGUCAAGGUUGCUGCCAGACUCUGAGCUUCAGGUCCUCCACCCAUGGACUCUACGUCAGCCACAGGCUUCAGAAGGAGGUCCUCACCCUCCUCCUCCCCAGCUGAGACCUCCAGGAGCCCCCCUCCCUGCUCACCCUUCUCCUCUCCCUCUCCUCCCUCCUCUGAGCCGUCUUCUCCGUUGUCUUCCUCCUCGUCUCUCUUUGGAAACGACUUUAAAGGCGAUGUCCGAGCUCUGAGCGAGGUGGCCAGGGUGUCUUCUACGUCCACGCGACCUCUGACCUCACCUGCCUCCAGGAACGCCCCCCGCUCGCCCAUGCAGGAGGAGGAGGGGAUGGGGUCCAUGCACUACCCCUACAGCCCCACUGAUGGAGAGAAAGGGAGGAGGGCAGCGGGGGAGGAAGGGGAGAAAUACGACCCCUUUGACCCCACCGGCUCCCCGCCGUCAGACGAUGGACUCAAAGACCAGGAGAUCCAGGAGCAACAUGUGGAAAUCAACCAUGAAGAACCUCCAGAUUCCACGGAGGUUCUGACUGAUCCCAGGAGCCCCAGCAGGAGCCCCGGCAGGAGCCCCAGCAGGAGCCGGCAGCCCCCUCUGAGGAGGAGAGUGGACGGCAGCUCCAAGGCGCGGGGACAGUGGGAAGCCGGGGCCUCGGAUCACUCUGAGAUAGAGGAGGGGGAGAUCGUUGGAGCUGCUGACAAGAAGAAGCCUCCAGAAGAUCCUCCUCCUUCUAACUCCUUCUUUGGCUCCAAACCGGAGCGCAUCCUCCGGGUCCUGGACGGAGACGCGUUUGUCUCCGUCUGCACGGAGGGAAACUGGGAGGACGAGCUGGAGGAGGAGGAGCCUGAUGUCGGAGUGGAGGACCUGAGAAGGAAGCUGGUCAGCAGGAGAAAGGAGAGAUAUCUGUCGUUUCCUGCCUCCUCCCCUCUGUCUUCUCAGCCCCCGCCUCCCCUUCCUCAGGCCUCCCCCUCUGCCUCCCCCGUCACUCCCCCUGCAGAGACACCCAGCAAGAACCACAAGGCCUCCAAGAGCUCCAGAGACCGGGACAGACAGAAGAGCAAGGACAGGAAGCCAGGAGAGAAGGUGACCAGGAGGAAGAAGAGGAGGAAGGGCAAAGAGGAGGAGCGGGGGAGAAGCAAAGAGAAAUCAGGAGGACAGAGGGACGGGAAGGAGGUCAAAGUCAGGAGGGGCAGCAGGAGCAGCAUUCGGAAAGGAAAGAAGAGACGCCACAGCAGCCCUGAGGGCUCCCGACACUCCUCCAGGAAGGAGACGCACUCCAGACGUUCCUUCUCCAGCAUCUCUGAGGAGAGACACCGGGACAGGGACAAAGACCGGGACAGGAGGAGUCACAGAGACAGGGACCGGCAUCGUAACAGCAGCAGCAGUCGCAGGAAAGACGAAAGAGCCCGAGAGUCCAGUUCCAGGAGGCGGGAGAGGAAGAGGGAGUCCAGCAGCAGAGAGCGCCGUCUUCAGAAAAGGUCCAAGAGCAGCAGGGAGGACCGGGACGCCAACCGAGACCGGGAGCGCCGGCGGGAAGGCCGUCCCGUCGUCCCGCCGUCUAUUCAAGACCUCAAUGGGUCGGACCUCUUUGCUAUAAAGCGGACAAUCACAGUAACCACCACCACGACCACCACCACCGUCCCCGGCUCCCCCCGCCUGGCCCCCGCCUCUCCCUGCCGUCCCAACGAGGACAGGAAGAGGAGGAAAUGGAAAUCGGUAGCAGACGGCGAGAGCCGGGAAGGAGCCCGCAGCCGCUCGCUGUCCCCACUGAGGUACCAUGGUUACGAGUCGGACCGCUACUCGGACAAACUGGAAAUGGACAUUCUGUCUUUGGACGGAGAAGCUUUGGACUCUGAUUAUCCGUCCUUGGAGGAGACGCCUCCUGCUCCUCUGCCUCUGGAACCUCCUGUCCAAAGUCCGAAAGUCAAACCCUCGCCUAAAGCCAGGCAAGGUCACCCCAAGAAGAAGACGCACACCCCCAAAAAAGCCGAAUCGUCCUCCACCAGGACCGCCAGCAACAGUCUGUCCUCGCUUAGCGCCGCUCCCGGUCCGGCCGCCGGCGCUCCUGGACUCUCAUCGGCAAAGAGAGUCAGGAAGGUAGGGAAGGACAAAGUCCGGAAUAAGAGCAGCAGAAAGGAUCUGAUCCGAUCUGGGAAAUCCAAGAAGGAAAGGAAAGGAAAGCUGCAGUCCAAGGUGUCGGUUCUGGUCCGGGAGGGGGUGAGCAGCACCACGGGGACCAGCGUCGGUUCUGGGAAGCUAAGCAUGGACCUCCUGGGGCCGGGGGGGGCAGGAGGAGCAGCAGGGGGCCCGGUGGUGGGGGGCUCCAUAGCCGUGGUCUUUUGUAGAGACAACGAGAGCCGCUCUCCGUUCCUGAAGCCGUGCUCCGAGCCGCUGUCGUUAGGGAAGCGGAGCGGCCUGGCAGCGCGGCCGCCGCCGCCGCCGUCCUCCUUGGCCGGAUCCGCAGGGCUGAAGGCCAAGAAGACGAAGCCCAGCUCCAUCACAUCCACCUCCUCCUCCGCAUCCUCCCCCUCUUCGUCUCUGGCAACUAAGCGCCGGCGCCGCCUGGCCAAGAAAACCGGUAAGAAGGGUGGAGCGGCCGCCCCGCCUGCCUGUGAUGGCAACCAAUCCAAAGCCGCCUCAGAAGGCUGGGGCGGAGCCACCUUCGACACUCCGCCCGCCGGCGGAGACGGGGGCAAGGAGGUCAGUCCCUCUACGGCUCAAACCGGCCCUCCCCCCUGCUCCUCCUCCUUCUCCUCGUCUUCUACGUCCUCCUCCACCAGCGUCCUCCCCCCCUCCUCCUCUCCACCUCACACGCCGCCUCCUUCUAGCGCCCCUCUACGGGACGCCAGAGAGUCAUCGCCCGACUCCCAGACGGUGGACAGCAGCUGUAAGACUCCAGAGGCUGCCUUCACUGCCGAGGACUGCCCCCACCAGACCAGUCCUUCCCCCCCGUCGUCCAGUCCGUCCGGUCUGUCCGCCCCCCAGGGAGCUCAGACCAUCAAGCCUCCUUCAGAGGAGUCCAAGUCUGCAGCUUCGCCUCCCUGCUCCUCUUCGUCAGCAGGCCUCACCUCCCUCCCUCACUCUCUCUCUUCAACGGACCCCUCCUCCUCGGUGUCCUCCUCAUCCGCCGCCAAGCUGCUGCCGCCGCCGCCGCCGCCAGCAGUCCCGACUCUGCCCUGGAGCCUUCAGACCGGAGUGGACUGCACCACCGGAGGAGUUCUGGCAUUGACGGCUUUGUCUUCAAGAUGGGAGGACGCCAAAAAUGAGCCCGGGCCGGGCCCGGGGUUAAACCCGGCCCCCAGUCGGGCACAGAGAACUAGGGCACAGGGAACUAGAACACAGAGAACCAGGAGAACAUCUAGAACCUGGAGAGUACAUAGAUCCAGACCAAUCAGACCAGAUGGUUCUGUUGGCCGUGACAUCAUCAGAACCAGGCCGUGGUUCUGCAGUAACCCUCCUUUCUAUGUUUCUGGUGUCCAGAUCCUGUCCCAGGCCAACCAGAACCAGCAUCACGCUCCCUCCUCCUCCUCCUCCUCUUCCUCAUCCACCCUGAUCCCCCCUCCUCCCUCUGCCCCUCCUCCUCCCGGUCUCAGCCCCGCCCAGUUCAUCCUCCACAGCUCUCUGCCAUUGGUGGGCUGCACCAAGACCCCUCCACCUCACCUGCACCCGUCUCUAGGAGGGGGAUGUGCUCAGACCCCGCCACCCAUGCUUCCUGGGGGGGGUGCCGCGGAACCGGGAUGGGAGAACGAGAGCAAAGAUUCAGAUAAGUACCUGAAGAAGCUGCACACCCAGGAGCGAGCCGUGGAGGAGGUGAAGCUGGCCAUCAAGCCCUACUACCAGCGCAAAGACAUCAACAAGGACGAGUACAAAGACAUCCUGAGGAAGGCCGUGCAUAAGAUCUGCCAUAGUCGCACCGGAGAAAUCAACCCGGUCAAAGUAAGCAACCUGGUCAAGCUGUACGUUCAGCGCUACAAAUACUUCAGGAAACACGGACGCAAGAUGGAUGAAGAGGAGCGCGAGCAGCAGGGGGCGCUGCAUUCCUCCGCCUGACCACUGCCGGACCUUCUAGGACACUAUCUGCUGCUGGUUCUGCUCGCCCUUUCUCAGUUUACGUUUUUCAGACUCUGAUGACCCCCUCCCCCCUCGAGCCGCUGUAACAUCUGACUGCUCUAGUUCUGUGUAAUGUGUGCAUGUGGUGCAGACGUUCCUCGAUGUGUUUCUGAAGAACCUGAUCCAAACUUAAAUGUUGCCUGAUGAUGAUGAUGGCUGUUCCCCCUGAAUAAUAAACACACCAACAUGUCUACACUA